GAUUCAAGCUCGUUUGCCAGUAUCCUAGCAAAUGUCGCCAAGAUGCGGCAGAAGGAGGGCGAUGAGAAUCUGGAGCAAGAUAAGGCUGAUUCUGCUGUCUUGCCAACGCCUGAAAGGUCUAAGUCGACCUUUGAUAGAGUGAUAGAUGCGCCUUCUCUACGCCCUGCUGAAAGCGAUGCCUCAGUCAGAGUCCGACCUACAAGAGACUCGUCGCCGCAAAUCAUCAUCCGUGGGUCCAAUAAUGAGGAUAAGCGCGUGGAUUCAACCAAAUACACUACGCUUAAAAAGCAGACAUUUGGCGCCAUUCAAAUCAAUCAAAAUCAAACAGGAAAUCCUUUACUCCAAUCACUGAAACAGGUAGCGUACGAGUUUAAUGCCAAGGUGAAGGAUGUGGAUUAUCUGAUCAACUCGCACUGUGUUGUUGUCUUUUUGUCGCUUCGUUAUCACAAACUUCAUCCGGAAUACAUAUACAACAAGAUCAAAAAGAUCACAUAUAACGGGAGCAACAGACGGAUCAACCGCAUUCUAAUGGUCCUUGUUGACAUUGACAACUCAAACGAUAGUAUUCGUGAGCUGAAUAAGCUAUGUUUGUUCAAUGAGCUGAAUCUAGUGCUUGCGUGGUCGUUUCAACAAUGUGCAGAUUAUUUGACCUUCUUAAAACAAUGCGAGUUAAACGUCGGUAACCAGCUGAUUAAAGGAGCCGUAAAGACGGAUAGCAUUGCUAACGAUGCUGAUUACUACCAGCGGAUUGUGGAUAUGAUGACUAGCAUACGAUCUAUCAACAAAACAGACUCUAUCAAACUAAUUUCGCGUUUUAAAAGUUUCAAGAAUCUGUGCGAGGAGGCGAACGAGUAUAAUCUGGAAGAGAUUUCAGGUAUGGGCCACAACAAGAUUGAGCGAUUACUUAAGGUCAUCAAUGAUCCGUUUAUCUAUAAAUGAGCUAUAUGUCAAAGAAUGUUUUCACAUCGAGUUUCUUUGUGCGCGCUUUUGGACGAGGCUUGGUCCGCUUUGGAGGAAUAGCUGGCUUAGAGUCAGCAAUACGAAUAUACUGAAAUAUUCGACCGCUGGUAUUUGACGACUGGAACCUGCUUUUCCACAGUUGUUCAAGCGACUCGCCACAUUCAGUGCUCGAUACUUUACAAUCCAUAAUGAUACGAGAGUUGCAAUAGUCUUCGCCCAUGAUCUGCCGUAAUUUCAGACCAUCUGGAAGAACAGACAGUUUGGCAUCUGUACUUACUUUCCAAUGCGGAUCUUCGACCACAAUAUCAGACUCAAAAUAUUGUAAGGGAGAGUCCAAGAUGCAAUCGAGGUUUUCCAGAUUAUUAUAGUUCAAGAUUAGGCAGCGAAGGUUCUUCAAAUUCCCGCUUUUCAUGCUAAUGCUCCAACUUUUGAGCAUCUGGUCGUUAACAUUUGCUUGAGAGACAUUCAAGUAUCUCAUGCUUGAUAGCACAUUCAGACAAAGAUUUCUUUUAGUCAAAUCAAGACCCUGUAAUGAUAGCACAACCAGGUUUUCGAAUUUCAAGCGUUGGAAAUCAGAAAAAAGCGAGCUUAACGAAACAUUCCGGUAGAAUGUCUCAAAUCUAUGUUUGCGAUGGAUUGAGUUCAAUUCAAUAAACAUGCCACGUUUGUAGUUGUCGAGAUUUCGCCAGCUUGCGGGUAUACGAUGACUAUAAAAGUCAUCCUUCUGAGCAAAAUAGUUGGCAAACAGCUCAAAAAUGGCAGGGGUAUCUUUUUCGUAUUUGAGAAUGAAAUGCCACACAGGACGCCAAAUAUUCCAAUUGGCGCCCGUUGCCUCUAUGUGGUAGCGUGUGAUGAGUUCGGCCGCACGAGCAAUUCUACUAGAGCUGAUUCUUUUCAAUGAUCCAGUUUCCUUGACUGAAGACUGUGUUCCAGGUUGCAUUUUCCUGUGGUUGUAGGUUUGUGUCAAUUCCUGGUCCUCAAAAGAAAGAUCCUGCGACCCCAGUUGAUGGUGUUUUAGCCUACCAAAUGGGACAUCAUUGGUUGUAACCUUCAAAUCGAG